AUGCCUCCACGAGUUGUCCCCGGAGGAACCGAGGCAGUUGAAGUCCGAUGUCGGGGCAGGUAUUGCUGCCGUUCCCAGCCAAUAACGUUGCUGCCGGAGUGUGCCGUCGGCCUCCCAGCAGCGUUGCUAUUUCAAAUCCUCGAGGAGGACACGAGCAGGCGCCUCCUCCUUCCGUUGCUGUUGUUGUCGCGGUUUGCUUCGCCGUACUGUCGCCGUUGCUGUUGUUCUCUUGUGUUGCUGCCGACGACGUGUCUAUCGCUGCCACCACCGUGA